GCCUCACCGCUGAUGGUCUAAGAGGAUUCGGCACUGAGAAGCUGACUGGAGGGAGCCUCGUAAUGCUCACAGCUGCUUAUCCACCUGUAUGGAGGAAAAGUAUCGUGUGAAGGGCUGACAAAAAGAAAGCAGACAUGGUCUGCCCUUGGAGAACUUCUGACUUAUGGCUCCUACUGAUUUUAACCGUCUUUUUGGUGGCUGUUUCGAGUACUUCGUGCAUGCAUGGAAAGCAGACGACACAGAACAUUUCGGCCCUUCCUGCAGAAGUUAAUACUUCACUGACUGUGCUGAUGGAUACAAAGGCUGUGCUCUGUUGCUAUCCUAUCCCAUUGACAAAUGUGGUGCUAAUAACAUGGGAAAUAAUCCUCAGAGACAGGCCGACCUGCAAAAUAUCCUACAAGGAAGAAACAAAUAAGACCACAGGCGAAUGUACUAAGGCAAUCACCUGGGCCUCCAGACCUGAUGUAAACCCUGGACUUCAGAUCCACCCAGUGGCUCUCAGUCAUGACGGCUAUUACAGGUGUCAAAUGGCAACACCUGAUGGGAAUUUCGAUCGUGGGUAUCACCUCCAAGUGUCAGUUUGCCCCAAAGUGACGCUGUCUCCUGUGAAGAACAGAACCGCGGCGUGCAAGGCUGUUGCAGGGAAGCCGGCUGCGCAGGUCUCUUGGGCCCCCAUAGGGGACUGUGUCACUGAGCAGGAACAUUGGGACAAUGGCACAGUGACUGUCUGGAGUACGUGCCAUUGGCCAGAUAGCAAUGUGUCUGCUGUGACCUGCUCUAUCUCCCAUUUGUGUGGCAACAAGAGUUUAUCCCAACGUCUGCUUCCUGAUCCUAAAGGAACAUCACAUGAAUAUAUUCUAUAUAUCAUCUUCCCUAUUGUUCUUUUGGUCGUCAUAGGAACCAUUUGGUUUUUGAUUUGUAUCUACAGAAAAUGUAAGUUGCGAAAACCAGAAGCUACUCCUGCUGUUGAGGAGGAUGAAAUGCAGCCCUAUGCCAGCUACACAGAGAAGAGCAAUCCACUCUAUGAUACUACAAACAAGGCAAAGAUGUCUCAGAUGUUACAAAGUGAAGUUGAUGGCAUGGGCCUCAAUAGUUUAUAAGUCAUUGGAAUUAGCACCAGGGAAAAUGAGUCAAGAUGCAUUCCAAAUAUUCCUUUGAUUUGCUUAUAGUUCCAGAACAGAAGAUCUAUAUUAACAUUAUAUUGCAAAACAGUCCCUUAGAAGAAAAAGA